GACGUAGCUAUGGGAAAAGUGUUCGAGUCGAUUGAGGAGAAGCCAAGAUGGCGGCGGCUGGAGGUGGCGGUGAUUUGGACGCAGGAGGCCACGGCGACGCAGAUGUCAACCUCCCUGACCUGGAGGGCGAGGCGGGGCCAGACUCAGAGCCUGACUCGGAGGUAUUUUCGUGCGUGGCCCAUUGCUCCGACCUCGCCUGCCGCCAGAACGAACAGCGGCGGUUAGGCCUCUUCUGUGACGUCACGUUAGCCUUCAGUGGCGGCAGCAAUGAGGAGGAGGAGGAGGAAGAGAAGGGGGGAGUGGGCGGGGCCUCCUCCGGCUCCGAGCCCCCGCCGCGAGAGUUCCGGGCGCACCGCUCGGUCCUGGCAGCGGCCACCGAAUACUUCGCUCCUCUCCUUCUGGGCGACUUCGCGGAGUCCCGCUCGGGGCGGGUGGAGUUACGAAAAUGGAGUUCGGGAGCGGGACCAGACCCGGAGACGAUCGAGGCGGUCAUCAGCUUCAUGUACACGGGGACCAUUCGCGUCAGUCCUGGCAACGUGCACGAGGUCCUGGAGUUGGCCGACAGGUUCUUGCUAAUACGUCUAAAAGAGUUCUGUGGGGAAUUCCUCAAGAAAAAACUGAGUCUCUCGAACUCUGUAGCCAUUCACAGCUUAGCUCAUAUGUACUCUUUGAACCAGCUGGCUUUAAAGGCUGCUGAGAUGAUCAGGAGGAACUUCUACAAAGUCAUCGAAGAUGAAGAGUUCUAUACUUUGCCAUUUCACCUUAUUAGGGACUGGCUUUCAGAUUCAGAAAUCACAGUGGAUGCAGAAGAGGUUCUCUUUGAGAUGGUUCUAAAGUGGGUCCAGAGAAAUCCUGACGAAAGAGAAAAGUACUUUGGAGAGCUCUUUAAGCUUCUCCGUCUGUCACAAAUUAAACCAACCUAUUUGACUCGGCAUGUUAAAUCUGAAAAGCUGGUAUCAAGCAAUGAAACAUGCCUCAAACUUGUGUUGGAAGCAGUGGAAAGCCAUGCUCUCAAGGGUGAGAAUUUCCAGCAAGUUAACUCCCCCAUCUCAUCUCUGCCUCGUUUUGGCCAAAACAUGGAUGUUAUCAUGGUCAUUGGUGGUGUGUCUGAGGGAGGUGAUUACUUGAGUGAGUGUGUGGGGUAUUUUAUUGAUGAAGAUAGAUGGGUGAAUUUACCACACACCCACAAUCACCUUGAUGGACAUGCUGUGGUAGUAACUGAAUCCUAUCUUUAUGUGGCAGGUUCCAUGGAGCCUGGCUUUGCCAAAACCAUGGAAAGAUAUAACCCAGGUAGAAAUGUUUGGGAGCAAGUUUCCAAUCUGAUAACCAGGAAGCAUUCGUUUGGACUUACUGAGGUAAAGGGAAACCUGUACAGUAUUGGUGGCCAUGGGAAUUUUAUCCCUGGUUUUAAAGAUGUAGCUGUCUACAACCCUGAUCAAGAUAAGUGGCACAAUUUGGAGUCUGCACCAAAGAUACUCCGGGAUGUUAAAGUGAUUACAAUAGACAACAGAUAUGUAUACAUGGCAGCUCGCACCCCAGUUGAUGGAGAUAAUGAAGAUGGCUUAAUGUCUAUCAUUAUUCGCUAUGAUGCAGACACACGACAGUGGCGAGAUUGUGAGUCUCUGCCACUCCUUGACAACUAUUGCUGCUUCCAAAUGGCUGUGGGGAACACCAACUUUUACCACACCGCUUCUUGUUGUCCCAGAAGCUAUCCUCUAGACCAUGAAGAGGCCAAGAGAAAAAUCUCUAACCAAGUAUCUGAUGACAUUCUGGAAAGCUUACCAUCAGAGGUUCUUAGCAUUGAAGGGGCGGCUAUCUGCUAUUACAAAGAUGAUAUCUUCAUCAUAGGUGGAUGGAAGAACAGCGAUGAUACUGAUAAACAGUACAGAAAAGAGGCCUACCGCUACUGUGCUGAGAAGAAGCGUUGGCUGUUACUUCCUCCUAUGCCUCAGCCUCGCUGCCGUGCUACAGCCUGUCACGUGAGAAUCCCCUUUCGAUCCUUACAUGGUACCCAGAAAUAUCCAAUGCCGCAAAACCUAAUGUGGCAGAAGGACCGGAUCCGGCAGAUGCAGGAGAUACAUCGACAUUCCUUAAGUUUACGGAGGAUGCCUCGGUCUCAGAUAGAAUGCUAGCUUGAAUAAAUGAUAUCAGAAAUACCUGUCUGUAAUUGUCAUGCCUGGCAUGUACCUAAACUGCUUAAUCAUUGGAGACAAAGCUUUCUUGGUGUUAAGAAUUUGAUCUGGAUUACAAGCACCACAUGGAAAUUUGGUGUAUACUGGCCAUAAAUAUGGAGGUAGGCAGAAAUAUUAAAUCUUACAGCCUAUUGGUUUCUCCACAAAUAUGAGUCCAACAAAAGAAUUGUUCUUGCACUUUGUGGAUGUGUUCAGGUAGUACGAAGAUUUAGCACAGCUUUUUCCUUAUUCCUUAACAUUUAUACAGCUCAUGUGAAAUACUCUAAUUUGUUGUAAAAUGUUGGUAUAUAUAGAAAACACCAUUUCAUUUUUUUUCUUAAAAAAUAUUUUUAUCUGCUUUUGCAGGGGUAUUUCCUCUUUUUAAUCUGCUGUAAAUCUGCUUAUUUCUGUCACAUUUGGAGAUGUGCAGUAGUAAAAAAGUUUACAAAAGGAAUAAAGCACAAACUUUCUAAGAGCUUCAACAUGUUCCAUGAUUAUAAAUACUUUAAAAUUGUAUUUAUCUAAAAGCACUUGAAGUUGCUAAAUGGUAAACCUAAUAAUUGUCACUCAUAUAAUGGAAAUGUUCUGAGUUGUUUGAGGACAUCAGUAUUAUUUUUAGUGAUGAUCAUUCUGCUAUUUAAUUGCCCCACAGAUUUCUCAUUAAUGAAUUUUAUUUAAUUGGUUCAGAAUUGUGGCCUUAAAACAUGAAUGAAAUGACCAAAAAGAUCCUAAUUCAUAACUAAGGAUUUGUGAGUUCCUCAUGGAAGGAUUAAAGCUGUGUAAACUUGGGUGUCAACAUCUGGGCAAGUCUAACUACCAGGAUUUAUCUUUGACAAUCAAAGCCUUUUGUCUUAAAUGAUACACCAUUCUUUAUGUGGACAGUAGGCUCUUCAAUUUUGAGUAGAAAAUUUGCCUGAGCAAUUAUUCUAGACAUUAAGAGCCCAUAACUCCCAUGUCCUAAUUAUAUUUAUAUAUUUUAUAUGGCAGCAUAUAAAAUUUAUUCUCACCCAAGAUAAUUCUUGAUAUAAAUUAUUUGCUGCUUUUUGUCCUCUCCACCAGUCUGGUAGUAAGCAGAGUCUUAUUUUGUUUAAAGUUCUGAUAGUUUAAUGGAAGAUGCAGAAUAUGUCCAGAUGAUACAAAUGUAUUUUUAUUGGAUUUAAGAGUACUUAGGUUUUAGAACGCUACAGAAUUGUUCAGGCAAGCAAACUGAUAUGAAGCAUUUCUGCAAUAUUUGAUGUACGCUUGUUGAUCCAAUAGAAUAUUGAAUUUUAUUUUUAAAUUAUUUUGCAUCACAGGUAUAUGUCUCAAUUCUGAAGUAUUUUUUAAGGAAUUUAGUAAUAUUGCAUUUAUUACUUAUCUUUUAUUCCCUUUUCUAAAAACCUGAAUAUAUAUUUACAUUAUUUAUCCUGCCUCUUCAAAUGAUUAAAAUAAAUUACUCCAGAAACAAUCUUUAGCUAGGAAGAACAUCUUUUAAUUUCUCCUCUUUCCUUUGUGUCAGAAAUAUAAAGAUGUAGUGAUGACAAUGUCUAAGGAAAUUUUAAGAAAAAUCUAGAUCAGAUACAUGUAAUCAUCAAAUGAUGUGCAAGUAGAAUCCUCAGAAAAAGAAUUGAUUUCUUCAUCUAAAUAUUUUCUGAGAAGGAUCUAAAAUAGUAGCUUCCUCUAGCUCUACUUUUCUCAUCUCUUAAUUUAUCAUCUUUUUUUCUUUUAACUAGUCCAGAUUUAUGUUUGGGAGAACUAAGAUGAGAUAAAUAAAAUCAGUAUGGAAGAAGCCUAUAUUGGUCAAUAUUAUUAUUGAUGGUGUUUGAUUGGUAAAUAACUAUGUCUUAAAUUUUAGAAGCACGUCUUUUAAAAUAUAAAAAGAAUAUUACAGACUGACCGAUACUGUUUUCCAAUUUAGCGGGAAUCCUAAUUCAUGUCUGAGAUACUGGGGUAAGUUUCAAUUGCAUGUGUGCAGAUUUUCCUAACUUAUCUUUGCUCUUCUAAUACUUCUAUUUAUUAUAUAGCUGUAUAGUGGGUGGGGGCAGGGUUAAUCUUGUGGGCUGAAGUAACAAUUCUAAUAUCAAAUUAAGACUAACAUGUUUUUGUCCGACGGUGUCACAGAUAUUAACAAUCAAAUGCCACUUGCCUGCCUUAAAGAUACUUUAUUUUUACCAGUCACUUUUUUUAUGGUGUAAUAGCUGCUUCAGAAAGCAAUUUAUCUUCUGGAAAUCUUUUGACAUUCCAAAGCUGCAAGGUCUAAACUUCAUUCGUCAAAAUUAUUAUCUGAAGUACUAAUUAAAUAUACUUCUUAAGAACAUAAUCUAGCCCCAAGCAUAGACACAUUUGUAUGCAAAAUUUAAAACUUUAAUUGGAAAUUGUAAUUUUUCAAUCUGUUAUUUUUCUUAGAUCUCUCAGUAUUCCCUUUAAUCAUACAAUAUAUCUAUAGCUGUAGUACUUGAAAUUAAAUGUUUUAUAUUUAUUUAGUAAUGACAAUCUUGAAGAAAUUUCAAUUACCUGAAAUGAAACACACAUUUGAAAUCUUCAUAGUAAUAUAUAUGGCCUGCAUUGCAAAUAUUUUGCUAAAUCAGCACAAAUAUUCUGUUGACUAUAUUAAUUAAAAUGCUUGUUCAAAAUGCUUGUUUAGUCUGAUAAGCUUUGUAUAACUUUAGUUAUGAGUCACUUUGGUUGUUUGUGAAUGCAGUCACUUACAGCUAUUUACAUACCUUGCUUGAAGAUUUCAAUUUGUAUGAAGCAGUAAGAGCAGUAUGAAAAGCAGCCACAUCAAAUGACAGAAUUUCAUAAUGUCUGGAUAUUACACUACUAACUUGUUCCUUUGGUCUGAGUGCACAACUCUGGUUUGCAUGUAGUUUCUUAUUCUUAUUUAGUCAUGAAAAUCUUGACAAAUUUGUCUUGUAGCGAAAGGAACAACUACAAAAAUAUUUCCAUUUAGAAUUAUUAACAGAUUGAGAUUAUGUCCCUCAGCAUACCUGAAAGUUUCAAUUAAAUGACUGGGACUUCUGCCUGAGUGAAAAUAAUUAGAAAUAUGUUCUGUGGACAAAAUGUAUUUCUAAUUAUUGCAGUGGAAAUGUUCAAAGAUAGACAGACAUCAAAGCUAGAUAGAGUCUUAGGACACAAUAUUUUUUUAAGUUGCAUUUCUAUUGAAAAAAAUAUGGUUUGCCUUUCUUUUAUGAUUUACAGAAGUAUCAGAUUUUUUUAAUAAUAAACGGGCAUUAUUACUAGAGUAAAGUUGUCUGAAGGCUAUAUUCAUAGGCACAUGCUCUUCAUAUAUUGGAACUCCUGUUUUGUGUUUGUGUCUGUUUCACUAAGGCUCAAUUUUCACAAAAAAAGUAACUAAAUAUAUCAGUACAAUGUUAUUAUGGUAAUUUGUUAUUGCUAUAACAUCUACCACAAAAAACAUUAGAAAUAUGUUAUGUUAGUCAUUUUUAAAAGUAUGACAAUAAGCCAUUUGCAAGAAUUCCCACAAAAGAAUAGCUCCUUUCUAUCUUGUACUCACAUUGUGCAAAUGACACUUGAUGUGGGAAGAGUGAAUCAGGAGAAGGUGGAGAAUUUUCCUAUUUUGCAGGAAACUGGUAGUACCAACUGUGCUGUAAAAUGUUUUGUGAAACUAUAGAAGCAGCAGGUUUUAAACCUACUUUUCUUUCCCAUCAAUCUCUUACAAUUCUGGUAAAGUGUGUUUACAAUGGUUGUAAAUCUGUUAAUGAUAUAAAUUGAUGCUCAGUUGUAUGCCAAGCUGAUACUGAUGGACCUCUUAACUUGCUGGCCUUUUCUGAAUUUGAAAAAAAAAACAGUAAAAAAUAACACUUUAUAAAAUAUAAAACUCUUUCUCCUAAGAGUUCAUAGUGGAUCAAGAAUUUGUAAAUUAACUUCCCAUUUCAUUUUUCUGUUAUGAUCCUAAUUUGUGUUUGGUUUAUUCCUCAAUAAAUGGGUUAGCUCUCAGACUGCAAUGCAGAAUUUUCACUUGGUUUAAGGCAGAAUAUUCUAGAUGGUAUGCUGGCCGCUAAACUUUAUUUUUUAAAAUGCAAUUCAUUAUGUGCUAUAUUUUAUUGUGUAACACUAAAGACUAAUUCAAAUAAACAUUUUAUUUCUCUA